UUAUCUGAUGUUCACAGUCACUUAUAGAAAACCACAUAAAUUUUGUAUGUCCUAUCUUGAUUAAAAAACACUCCAAGUUAACAAAACCUGCAGUUAGUCCAUUAAAUUAAAUGUUUUUUCGUUUGUAAAGUGUUCUAUAUAAAUUAUCCCUGUGUAAAUGGAACACGUCCGAUACACAGAACACUCGCAUUAAUGAAUAUAAAAAUAAUAUUAUUAUCCAUAAUCACUGUGAUUGAUGUAAUCUACGGAAACUUACUUAAAUUUUCCAUAUGCAUACAAAUAUCUAUAUAUCUGUAUUCUGUAUAUUAUAAAAUGUAUAUGUUUAAUAUUUUAGCUAUACGUUUAAGACAGUAUAUAAAACACAUUAUACAUUUCAGUAUCAGAUCGAAUCGAUCGAACGCUGCGAUAGAACUAGGAUUCGUUAAUAAUAACAGUAAUAAUAAUAGUAAUAGUAAUAAUUACGAUAAUCGUGUGUAAAUAACAAUCGAUGAGUUUUCACGGUAUUCGGGCAUAAUUACACGUUACCCUAUCUCCAAAAUGGGCAUGUGUGUUGUGUACAGCAAUAAUGAUAAUGAGCUUGCCAAAACCGACUGGUAUAAAUUAGCAAUAAUAAUAAUAUUACAUAAAGGGAAACCAGAACACUCCAUAUACGUACACGUUUCGAUUUAGGUAAGUGAAGAGAAGGGGUUUGGUUUUCAUUUGAAUGAACAGAUUAAAAAGAUUUGUUUCCAAUCUAUUCGACGUAUCGGUUGACGGGACAAGCAUGUUUAAAUUUCGUUUGUGUUGGUUUAUAUUAUUUACACAGCUCAAGGAUAUGCGACUAUCCAAUGACUUAAACGAUUAUUCUCGAGUCACUGCGAUGCGGUAUUUGGCUGACGGCUCUCAAUUACCAUUAUUAUUGUCAGAUAGAACGGUGAAUUUGGUUUACAAUCAGAGACAACGCCACAGGAAAAUUGUCUACUCGGAUUGGUCGGAUUGGAGUUCGUGUUCGGAUAGAUGUAUUACAGUUAGAAAAAAAUAUUGUUUAAGGUCGAACAUUUGUGGAUCGAACGUUAUUACCGAAUCAUCAUAUUGUUUUAUGACUGGUUCGAGAUGCCUGGGGCUCGUGAAGAAUUACUACAAACAGGUCAAUUCAAGUAUCUCGAACAAAGGUGAUGAGUAUGGUGUGUCCGUGAAUUUUACAUGUGGUGUUGAUGUUGCUUCCGCUACUAAUCUUGGUUACAAGACUCCUAGGUUUUUAAUUAAAAUAAUGGGAGGUCAAGAAUCUGGAAAAUUUCAUUGGCCUUGGCAAGUUGCAGUGUUAAAUGGAUUUCUGGAAGUAAUUUGUGGCGGUACCCUCAUAGCUCCCGGUUGGGUGCUCACAGCUGCACACUGUUCUAGACAAAAAUUAUUCGUGGUGUUAAAAGAAUACGAUUUAUCUGUGUAUGAAGGCGAUGAAGUCAGAUUAAGGGUUGAUCGUAUUAUAAUACAUCCCAGAUACAAUCCAAAUACAAUUGAUAAUGAUAUGGCUUUGUUAAAAUUACGUACCUUGGAUUUAGUAACAGAUGGUAGAUUAAACUUGCAGCCAGCUUGUCUUCCGUCCUCUGAUUUUCAACGGUGGAAACGGAAACCUAAAAUGUGCGUAGUUAUUGGAUGGGGAAAAGUGAAAUCGCAAGAUUCUUAUGGAUCUAAAAUACUUCGAGAAGCUAAGGUUCCGAUCGUUGGUCAGCGGACGUGUCGAGCUGCGUACAGGCGUUAUCAGAUCACCGACAAUAUGUUCUGCGCGGGGUACAGAGACGGUCGGUCUGACACAUGUACGGGUGACUCGGGUGGGCCACUAUUGUGCAACAUCCGUGGCCGGUGGACUGUGGUGGGUAUCACAAGUUUUGGCUACGGCUGUGGCCGGCACAGCAAGUACGGCAUAUACGCCAACGUGGCCAAUCACGUGCAAUGGAUCACGUCCGUGAUACAGACGUCCGGUUCAGUAACCCGACGAUGACAUCCAAAGGGACUUCCUUGAAGCAACUUUUUAUGAUAGUUACCCUACCUGAUCUUUUCCGUCUAUAUUUUAUUGUCUGCAAUAGUAUUGAUGAUGUUUUUUGUCGUGAAAAUAAUAUUUAUAUAUUAUUAUAAUAUUACGAUUGAACGAGAUGCCAUUAAAACAUUAUUUUGAUUGAAAAAACAGUCAAUAUUGUUUUUGAAAUUGAAUUCAAUCAUUUCCCCAAUCGUUCGAGAAUUUUACAGACAUAAAAAUCACCAUGCAACUUACAUUGUUUUAAGCCAGUUAGAUAUUUGUUUAGGAUUGUAUUGUUUUACUUAAGUUUUUAAAAGGAUUAGAGUAUAGGCAAAUACACUUACACUUAUACUAUACUAAAACGGAGUAAUCCAUUUAACGUAAGAGUUGCAAGAUAA